AUGAAUCAAGAAUUUAAGAUGAGCCCAAAACUGAACAAGUGGCUCAAAUGGAUGGAGGCUAUCGAAAAAGAGAUUUAUGGUCUUGCUGUGGAUGCAAACAUGUUCUGGGAAGUCCAAGACAUUAUCCGUGAGAAUCCGCGCAUCCAAAAGCCAAGUGCUUUCUAUCGCUAUCUUGGGAGGACUUAUCUUUCCCAUGCGCUAUCAGGGCUCCGUCGGCAAAUCAAACCGCAGAAGGACAGUAUAUCUUUUGUGGGCUUGCUUGAGGAUAUUGCUAAAAACCCUGAAGAGUUGUCUCGCAGCUACUACCGUUCCCUCUGUGCUUAUCCUGAUGGACCUGAGAUGAGCCAAAUCGAGAUGGAAGGUAGGGAGGAGCUUGAAGAGGUAGGGAUUACUAGCACCUCCCAACUGAAGGAUUUGAUACAGAUGGAUGACUUCGCGCCAUACGCAGAUGCCAGCGGAGAGCAUGUUUGCCCCCAAAUGAUUAACAUCAAGGUCUUCGCCACAGAAGACGGCCAUGUCAAUUACGAGAAUUUUAUCAAGGUUUUCAAUAGGUGGAUGGCGGAAGGGGAGCCAGAGGAGUACCUGAACUACGCUGACUACUCGUUUACCCAUGCGGGCCCCGGCGUUUUGCUAAUUUCCCAAAGCACGAAUUAUAGCAUAGAUGCAGCCAGAAAUCGUCACGGUUUUCUCUAUAACCGGAAACAUAAGGUAGAAGGAGAUAAUCGCGAAAAGAUUCAUCAAGCGUUCACUGAGACGCUUCAAAGAUGCGUCCGUUUAGAAGAAGCUGAAGAACUAGAGAACGCAGUGCAUCUGAACGGGGAUGAAAUCCUGUUUAUGAUUAAUAACCGCCAUGUUGCACCGAACACCCAAGAAAUAUUUGAGGCGAUUCAGCCGGACUUAACCGCGGUGCUUGAGCAGAUGUACGGUGGGAACGACUUUACGGUUGAACGUGCAUCUGAAGAUGUGCGAGAACGGUUUGCGGUUCAAAUCUCUGCACGUUCAGGCAAAGGAAUUUCGGAUCUGCUGGCGAACUUGGAAAAUAACUAG